CUGCCUUUGCUCUUUAACUUUGUUCCCCGCUGCGUUCAGUUCACCGUCCGUGCUGUUGUUCUCAGACAGCGGGGAGGGGGGGAACAUUAAAGGGUCAUGCCACUCAAAGUCGUGUUGGACGGUCCGGCCCCCUGGGGGUUUCGCCUGACGGGAGGAAAGGACUUCAGCCAGCCGCUGACCAUCUCCAGGGUCACCCCCGGCAGUAAGGCCGCCGUAGCCAACUUGUGUGCCGGCGACCUCAUCCUGGCCAUCGAGGGAGUCCCAGCCACAGACAUGAUGCACUGUGAAGCCCAGAACAAGAUAAAGGAGUCCAUCCAUCAGCUCAGUCUUACCGUUGAAAGGAAUGAAUCAAGACUGUGGUCACCGCGUGCUGUGGAGGACGGUAAAGCUCACCCGUAUAAAAUGAACCUAGAAGCAGAACAGCAGGAAUUUAAACCUAUCGGCACUGGUCACAACCGGAAAGCUCAGCCGUUUGUUGCGGCCGCGAACAUCGACGACACGCAUCAGGUGGUCAGUUCAGCCUACAACACCCCGAUAGGCCUCUACUCCUCAGGCAACAUCCAGGACGCCAUGGAGGGCCAGAUCCGAGGCCUGGUUCUACCCAAGCCUGAGAGCCCCAGGACUUUGGUCAGCAUCGAGGAUUCUGACGUGUACCAGAUGUUACAAAGAGACCAGGAGGAGCCCCAGGAGCCUCGGCAGUCCGGCUCAUUUAAAGCCCUGCAGGACUUUAUCGACAGUGACGGCACUCGUCCCAUUGUGACCAGGACGGUUAAAGCCCCGACAACCAGACCGACUCCGCCCACAGGAAACCUGCAGAAACUGCCUGUCUGCGACAAGUGUGGGAAUGGGAUUGUCGGGACGGUGGUCAAAGCACGAGACAAAUAUCGUCACCCCGGUUGCUUUGUGUGCUCCGACUGUGACGUCAACCUCAAACAGAAGGGCUAUUUCUUUGUGGAGGGGCAGCUGUACUGUGAGACUCACGCUCGGUCUAGAAUGAGACCACCGGAGGGACACGACCUCAUCACAACUUUCCCUUCUGCAUAGAGUCACGACAAACACAUCAGACACACAUAGAAACAGACACUUCUGUGUCCUACAUCUGUGUGUAUCUGCGCUUGUUUAUCUGAUGUUGUCUGUGUGCAAUAAUAUAUCGAUAAGAAUACACUUUACUCUCUGAACUUUACAGCAAGAUGUUUUCUGUGUAGAAAGGUUUCACAGUUGAACAGCCUUUGUUUAAAGAGCCCAGCAGCAGUGACUACAAAAAAAACACACUGAGACUUGCCACUUUCAUCCUGCUAGUUUCUCAUAAUUCGAUGUCUUGUCAAUAAAGACCUCAGCUCAAA